UUAAGGCCUAUUCCAUCUCAAUGAACUUUAUACACUAUCAGUCUGCACUCAACAUAGCUUGUCCAACCCUUGUCUCCUUUUCUCCCUUUCUUUUUCUUCUCAUCUUUGAAUUCACUUUUCCUUAUAGAUUUAUUCAUCUUUCCUUAAUCAAUAAAUGGCCUCAGAUUUAUCGACUGGUUCUCAAUUUUCACCAACCACCAUAGACGAACUCGAAGAGCUAGAAAUGACGGAAUUUGAUGUGACAAUGCUUAGAGAAUUACUUGAAGAGCCAAAGGAAGAAGCGCUGGAUGAUAAAGUUUACUCCAUGGAGAUGGAGAAGAACUCGCCCUUGGAAGAUAAUUAUCAGUGUCUGGACAGUAUGAUAGACGAUAUUCAAGAUGUAAACUGGCUUCAUGUAAUGGAAGAAAGUCCUUUUCCAUGCCACGAUAUAGGAAAUUGGUACCAAGGCUCGUGCACAGUGGAGACGGCUGAUAUUGUUGAGACGAGAGAGUUUUACGAUUAUUUUCGUACCCCAAGUCCAGCACUUGUUACAUCUGAUGAAAUUGCAUACAUUGGCUUGUGGGAACAUAAUCAGAUCUCCUGACUCUUACCAUAAUUAUUAUACAAAAAAAUGUAUUGAUGAUAAAAAUAAUUGAAGAAACGUUUACAUA